AUGCCCGCCUCGAAAGAAUCGCGCUACCGUGUCUGGUGGUGUCUCUACACCUUUGAAAAUCUGCUAGGCGUCAUGACGGGCCGGACGACGUGUAUGCCCGAUGGCAUCAGUAAAACACCCUUUCCUUUGCCGCUGGCAGAGGAGCAGCUGUCUUCACCAAUGGCCACCCAUCUAUUAACCGACCAUGAGUUUCAUCAACAAUCCAUGGAGUCAUGCCUGGCCUUUCAUUACCGGCAUCCUCCAGGGGGAACACAAUUGAGCAACCCGGGAAAUGAGGAGCAAAGGGCAUGGUUCAGAAGCCUCCCGCCCAGCCGUGCCCUGGAAUUUACCCACUCCGUAGACCUAGCGGUGAUCAAUCAAGGGACUGUCAAUCAGGUUUAUUCGCCUGAUUGUUGCAUGAUCCCAUGGCGCGAGAUAGAGGGCCGUAUUCAAAGUCAGAGAGCUCGCAUUGACUUUUGGCACUCGAACCUCCCUCGGGAAUACAAUAUAAUGCGUUCUUCCGAUCCCAAGUCUGCGGUGGAUUGCGGUCAGCUUUUCCUCGCCUUUCAGUUCUACAGCUCGCGAUUAACUGUGGGUCGCCCCUGCCUUUGUCGCCGCGACACGCAGAAGGAGGAAUCCUUCAGUCGCGAGACCGCACGCAUGGCCGUGGAGUCAGCCUGCGGAAUGCUGGACCUGAUUCCGGAUGCCCCCGACGCGCGCUGGCUCUACCGGACAUGCCCAUGGUGGUGUAUCCUUCAUUACGUGAUGCAGUCGGCGGCGGUUCUUCUCCUGGAGCUUUCCUGGCGCUGCGUUCACAUGCCCGGAGCCGACGGGACGAUCUUGCAACAGUGCAAAAAAGCGGUUCGGUGGCUCUCCGCCAUGUCAGUCCACAGCCAUGCAUCUCGCCGCGGCUGGGAGCUGUGCGAUAGUAGUCUUCGACGCAUUGCCCGCGGGAGGGGCUACGAUGUCAGCGACCUGGUCCCGUUCCCCCCUGCUCUUCCAACCCAACCGCCCCCUGACCACCUACGGCAGCAACCAAACUGCGCCGGUAGGGCCGAGGCGGAAGGGCCAAAAUUGCCUUCCUCACCCCUGUCGACCUCGGACUUUCCUUUUGAUCCCGUCACGGGUGAAUUUCUUCGCUCCUUUUUUCCCUUGGCCGAAGAGCAGGAGGGAUGGGAUCUCACGUGA